AUGGCCAGACCAUUACACAACCUGGUCAAAAAGGACACACCAUGGAAAUGGGAUACCAGGGAACAAGAAGCGUUUCAAGGAUUAAAAGACGCCAUCACCAACGCACCUGUAUUAUGUCACGCAGACCCGUCUAGACCCUACUUCCUGGAAACAGACGCUUCCGGAGCAGCACUAGGUUCCAUACUCAGCCAACAACAGGAAGAUGGCCGCCUCCAUCCGCUAGGUUUCCUAUCCAAGUCAUUUAAGGGAGCAGAACAGAACUAUGACACCCACAACAAGGAACUGCUGGCUAUCAUACAAUCCCUGGAGUAUUGGCGUAUAUUCUUGGAAGGAACCAUACACCCCAUCACUGUAUUUACCAACCAUAGAAACUUGGAGUACUGGAAGGAAUCCCAAACCUUUAACCGUUGUCAUGCCAGGUGGCACUUACUACUAGCCGGGUACAACUUCCAAAUUGUCUACCGCCCAGGCAAACAGUUGGGUAAACCAGACGCACUCUCACGCCGAUUGGACCACGCCAAUAUUCCCCCCGCACACCAGACAAUGCUUCCUGAUCCUGUAUUUGCAAAUGUAGCCCUAGUUACUCCCAAGAAAGAGCUCCAACGUCAAAUCAAGGCCUCCCUGGACCAAGACAAGUCCCUAGGAGAAAUAUUGCAAUUCCUCCAGAACAAGUCCAAGGCACCUCCGUCCAUCAAACGCGCCUUCAAGGAUUACCAAAUGGAGGCAGGCUUACUAUUCUACCAAGGACGCAUUGUAGUCCCUGAUGUGGGCACCCUGAGGACAGACUUAUUGCAACUAUUCCACAAUAGCCCUCUGGCAGGACACCCUGGCAGGCAACAAACCUUGGAACUGGUCUUGCGUAACUACUAUUGGCCAGGCAUCUGUGCAGACACGUAUUGGCACCCGCUUGAACUCCCCUCCAGGCCAUGGCAACAUGUCUCCUAUGACAUGAUUGUAGACCUUCCAAAGGACAGAAACAACAACUCCAUCCUGGUCAUAGUGGAUAGUUUCACAAAGUAUGGGAUCUUUAUCAAAUGCUCCAAGAAGCUCAAAGCACCCAAGCUAGCAGAUUUAUUCCUGGAACAUGUAUGGAAGCGUCAUGGAAUGCCGGAAAAGACAAUAUUGGACAGAGGCAGGGUUUUCAAUAACAAAUUCGUGCGGGCACUCUACAAACAACUAGGCAUUGAUCCGCACUUCUCCUUGGCAUACCACCCUCAAAGCAACAGACAAAUGGAACGAGUAAACCCCUCCAUCAAACACUUCCUCAGGGCUUACUCAGGAGUCAAUCAACGGGACUGGACCAAGUGGUUGCCAAUGGCCAAAUUUGCAUACAACAAUGUGGUUCAUAGUAGCACAGGGAAAACGCCAUUCAAAGCCCUGUACGGAUGGGAACCUACACUGACGCCAUCCAACGUACCCACUGAUGUACCAGAAGCCAACAACUUAGCCCAAACUAUGGAAAAUCAGUGGAGGGAAGUUGAAUCCGCCCUCUGGCAAUCCAAGUCAAGAAUGACUGCCGGAGAAGAAGGGAGCCCGUUAACAUUUGAAUUGGGGGAGGAGGCCUGGCUAGACGCCAAGAACGUUAACCUCAAGACCCUUAGCCCCAAACUAACAGAACAACGUCUGGGGCCAUUCAAAUUACCUCCAACCAUGCGCAUCCACAACGUAUUUUACAUAGGACUACUAUCUAAGGUCAAAAGGGACAAGAAGCGCGCCUUUGAAAACCGCCCACCACCAGUUACCGUGGAUGGGGAAGAGGAAUAUGAGGUAGAAGGCAUAACAGACGCAGAGGAACGGAACGGAAAAUGGUUCUUCAGGGUAAAAUGGAAGGGGUACGGAUUGGAAGAGAACACAUGGGAACCUUGA